AUUGCACAGUAGUCCUUGUGCGGUCGCAAUGCCUGGAAGCCGCCAGUCAUGACCCGUCGCAUUGUCCGCACCAUCAGCCAGCUCGGCGCCCUGCUGGUCACGGCGCUGCUCUUUGUCUUCCUCGUCGACACGCGCUACCGCCUGCUCCCGCAGUCCAUCCAUACCGCAAACUUCCUGCACCAUCCCGGCUUGGUCGUCACCGACGUCACCCUGACCACCUGCUCGUCCAUCAACCCCUUAUCGUCAUGUCGUCUCGACCCCACGCUGUGGCAUCGCAUUGAGAAGGACCUAUAUCUGCAUAGUGGCUGGAUCUCCUCGGCCUACCUCCAUGUGCAACGCAAGAAGGAGGAAGAACUCACCGAUGAUGACAAGGUCGUCGUUGGUCUGCGCAUCGGCCGUCUGGACCCUGGCGUGGGCGAGAAGGGCCAGCAGCAGGAGCGCUGGGAAUCUCGUCCUGCCAACAUCUGGCUUUUGAGGAGCAGCAAGAAGAAGGAGUCUGACAGCAACAGAGCCGUCACUGCCGUUGACGUCUUGUUCGGCGCCGAUGCCGUAGACCCACGCCCCGGCUGGUCUGUCACACAAACUCCCUUACUCCUCGAUGCUUCUUCCCGCAUCCAAGCCGCUCGUAUAACCAUUCGUCACGGUCCUCUCAAGGCCGAUAAAAAAGACGUCGUUCCGAGGAUCCGUAAAGAUGGCAAGUUCAAAAUUCUGCAGCUCAGUGACCUCCAUCUGAGUACUGGCACUGGCGCCUGCAGAGAUGCCAUUGAUGCAAACGGUGACAUCAAAGGAAACUGCGAAGCCGAUCCUCGCACUCUCGAGUUUGUUGAGCGAAUUCUUGAUGAAGAGGCCCCUGAUCUGGUAGUGCUGGGCGGUGACCAGGUCAAUGGUGACACUGCUCCGGACGCCCAGAGCGCCAUCUUCAAGUUUGCCGACCUACUCAUCUCACGUUCAAUACCGUACGCCGCCAUCUUCGGCAAUCAUGAUGACGAAGGACCAAAGGCCUCUCGUCUUUCUCGCGAGGCUCAAAUGUCUCUGCUUUCUACUUUGCCUUACUCUCUGUCCAAGCCUGGCCCAGAGAACAUUGACGGAGUGGGCAACUAUUAUGUCGAGGUUUUAGCCCAGGCGCCUUCUCAAAACUCCGCCAUCACUUUAUACUUCCUCGACUCACAUAGUUAUAGUCCUGAUGAGGCGACGUACAGGGGCUACGAUUGGGUCAAGCCCAACCAGAUACAAUGGUUCACCGAGACUGCGCAGGGUCUCAAGGCACAGCAUGCCAAAUACACUCAUAUACAUCUCGACAUGGCUUUUGUUCAUAUACCUUUGCCAGAGUUUGCCAUGCAAGGCAAUGUCGUCGCGGGUGGUGCAUGGCGAGAGCCAAGUACUGCACCAGGAUUCAACUCUGGCUUCUACAAAGCACUCAAGGACCAAGGCGUCGUUUCUGUAGGCUGUGGCCACGAUCAUGUCAACGACUAUUGCGCUCUCACUCCUCAAUCCAAGGACGCCGCCAAGAGUGAAAACGUCGGCCCAUGGAUGUGCUACGCAGGCGGCAGUGGCUUUGGCGGUUACGCCGGAUACGGAGGCUUCCAUCGGCGAGUCAGAGUCUGGGAUGUCGACAUGAACUCUGGGAGGAUAGUAACCUGGAAGAGGGUCGAAUGCUGUGGUGACGAUCUCAAAAAGCGCAUUGACGAACUGUUAAUCGUUGACGGCGGCCGUGUUGUCGUCCCACAAGACUCGUGAUCGCCCAUUUUCAAGGCCUUUUGAGGAUUCAGAGCCAACACUCCAUCUACUCUUUGGAGCGAAAGAGAGCAUCGCGAUCUACCAUACUCCCAGCGACCGGAGACCAUUCACGGUUGACACCCGUCGCGGGAUUGUCAAUGCUCUCCCGUACCUUCUGACGACAGCGGCUGUUGCUGCCGGCACUGGAGUCUGGGGACGGGUUGCUGGAACCCCGUCAAAUGGAGUUCUCAUGACCAAAUUUUGUGUUAUUAUUGGUAAUGUCUGGUCUGAUUGCGGAUAGUGCUGGGGAAGCACUGUUUCUUUUUAUCCGGCCAACGGUGCCAUGCUAUGAGCAGCGUAGGAGUCGAGCAACCUACGCUGGGUUGUAUACACGCAAAGAUCAAGUCACAGCUUCAAAGCGUAUGCUCAUGUCA